AUGCAUAACAGAGGGCGUCGCGAUGGUCGCAUCUCCGACCUCGAUCGCAUGGCUUGUGAUAAGACAGAUAGGGAAGCACAAAAAGCGAUGGAAGGUGAUGACGGUGGAGAGUAUGAACCGCAAAGCGAUGCCUCCAAUCCUGUGCUCUCAGUACUCACUAUAGCCGAAGGCAGCGACGACUCAGAUCCUCCCCCAGUACCCACAUUCGUCGGCACGAUGAGGACCAUUCAUCGCAUUCCGUCCUCGAUUCGCGUUCGCAGAACAGAGACAGCGGAACCCUACCCAGACCAAACGCCCGCCGCUGACGACCGCUUCAGCAAUGUCCACGACGGCUCAUCGGCGCGGCCCGCGACCGGUGACUACUUCUCUCCGCUUAGCUUCCGUCGAGGCUCGGCUUCAACCGUUGGCGCCGAGGCUGAUUCAUCUAGAAGGGAUCGCCUCACGCCCGGCGCCGAAGCAUCGUGGCGAACCUCGACACGCAGCGACGCUGGACGUGAAGAUGACGAUGGGAUACUGCGCCUCGAAAUGCAAGCAGCAAGGCGCGCGAUUCACGAUGAAGAGCGUCGCGAGCACUGUGGACGCGACAAGCACAGAUCCAGUCGAUCUCCUCCAGAUGACUUUCCGCCCAUUCGAUUGAGUGACGACUCGCUAAGCCCGCAGAUUCCCAACAGAUCAUCCAGCCGUAGACCCGGUGCCGUCGAAGGCCUUGCGAUGCGCCAUCACCGCCAGCGCAAGCAGGAACGUCGCAGAAAGCGUCAAGAGCAUCGUAACUCCGUAUCCACAAGUUCAUCUCGUUCCUCCUCCACCGAUUCGCGAGACGAUGUCGCCCCGUUCCGCCAAAAUGAUCCCCGCCGUGGCAGCGAUGGCCUCUCGCUACAUCCAUCCAAUACUCGUAAUCUGUCCGACGUUCAAGAGGAGCGUUCGAGCCAACUCACGACACCAAGCGCAGCCCGACCCAAUCCGUCUUUUGUCAUAAGCCCACCAACGCAACAGGCCGACACGGAUGCGGAUCCAAACACGAAGCGAGCCCGACGGAACACGGUUGCAGACGAAGGGCUCAUGGCCACAUCUCGUCGUUUGUAUGACUCUUUGAUACGACGCAAGUCCGAUCAAGGCCAAUCCAACAGCGACGAGGAGCAGCGAAGAGCUCUGACGCCUUCAUCACGUACCAGAGACGACCAUCCUGAUGCUCAGCACGACUCGACAGACUCUUCCAGCAGCAGCGACAUGCACGAGGAUGAGGUGGUUGACUACCUCGACGUCGUGGAUCCAGAGGUAGCUACCGUCACCGCGCUACAGAAUGUCGGUAACUCGAUCUUCUUUCCACCGAUACCCAUGCUCUACAGUCGCAGACCCACCAUCAGCUUGCCGUCUGCAGCAGCUCGGCAGGCUCCUCCAUCGCCACGCGCCACCCCACAGUACGAAGCGAGGCCUGAAGAUAUCGAGCUCGGCCUCAGAUCAAGCUCGGCGCAACAGAACAAGGAAGAGGACGCUCCCAGGUUCGGCAGCAUGCGUCGUAUGGCUUCGCUCGUGCCCGGUCGCAAGAAGAAGGAGGUGCCUCCCACCACGGAAGAGGAGCGCAGCAAACACAUCAAGGAGUGGGCGCAGAUGGACGAAGAGGAGCGCAACGAGCUUGACGAGCACGUUCGUCUGUUGCUGACCAAAAAGGCCAAGUUCAAACGCGCUGCCAGAGGCUUUUGGAGGUACGUCAAGACGCCGCACGGAUUCAUCAUCACCACAUACGCCUUCCUCAUCACUUUCUGGGGCACAGCCAUCUGUCUCUUCCUGCUUCGAUGGAUCGACGUCGGCAAUAGAGCGAGGCAGAGGUACUGGAUCGAGAUCUGCGAUCAGAUCCUGUGUGCGCUCUUCACUGCCGUAGGUCUGGGCUUCGCCCCCUUCCGCGCUGUCGACACCUACAGGAUGGUGCAGAUUGUCCACUAUCACAAGUUGACGUACAAGCGAAGGAAGGAGCUGAACCUGCCCGAACUCAAGGACAAGAACGAGCUGCCUCGCGCUGCACCUCGACUCGACUUUGGGCAGAUGACAAACACGAUGAUGAUCAAGACAGGUCUGCGAAAGGAGUUGACCGGUCAGAAUACGGAAGCAGGCGAGCAGAGGAACGCGACCGAUGCAGCAGAUGCUAAUACGACGGACGAGGCAAGUGCUGGCAACGAGACCGGACAGGGACCCGGAACAGUGGGUGCGCUGCUUGAUCCCGUGCAGUCGAGGCAGAGCGCGUGCGAGGUGGAGGAACUCAAAAAGGAGCGCCGACACAAGCACGCCUUCUUCCAUCGCAAAAAGCACAGCAAAGGGUCGGUUGACGAAGAGCAGAGGAAAAGGAGAUCGGAUGGAUCCGCAUCAAGCGAGGGCUCACCGGCGCCUACCCAACACAAGACCUAUCCGAACAAGGACGGCAUUAUACCCUUGGGACAGCUCAAACGCAACCCGUCGAUCGCAUCCGAACUGCCGCGCGAUGCCGAAGACGUUGUGGUUCUCAGUCCCAAACAGCAAGCCAACCUGGAAUACCAGCAACGAAAGUUCCACGAAUCGCACACGUUCUACCGCUAUCGCGAGACGGUGACGCAUCGACCGUUUGAGCUAUCGCUCAUGAUGGCUAUCGUCAUCUUGCUCGAUUGCCACUCGUGCUUGCAGGCUUCUCUUGGAGGUACGACCUGGGGUAUUUACUAUAAGAACAGACCCACCUCGGUGACGGCCACGAUCAUUACGUUUUCCUUGAGCUGCAAUGCUGUGGCGGGGCUGUUGAUCUGGUGGGGCGGCAACAGGACCAAGAAGAAGGAGGAGGUGGAGAGGUUGUUGGGCAUAGCGUUGGAGGAGGAGGCCCUGAGGAAGAUGAGGAAGAAGGAGAGGAGGAGGUUGGAGGCUGAGCGCGAGGCGAGGAGGGAGUGGGCCGAGGAGGGGAGGAAGUUGCAUGGAGAGCGGGGUGCGGCGGAUGAGGGGGUGAAGUUUGCGGGCGAGACGGGCGGCGAUGCCAGGAAGGAGACGGGUGCAGGGCCGGUGAGAGGCGUCGAACAGUCCGGGUUGGAAUGCAUUCAGGAACAUUGA